AUGGCUGGUGGCGCAGCAAAUUGGGCUCGUGCCUUUAUCGGCGGUGGUUUCAUUGUAGGCACCGGCUACAUGCUAUUGAAGUUCGCUACACCUUCGGAGCAGGAAUUGUAUAACAGCUUAUCCCCCGACCUGAAGCGCAAGGUCGACGAACAGCGACAUGCCCAGGCAAACAAGGAGCAGGUGCAGCAUAUGAAAACACUGCAGGAGAAGCUUGCGCAACAGCAGGACUCUGCGACAGUGAACUGGGCCAAGUAA